AUGGAGCGGACCAUCGAGCGCAUCGCCGAAUUGGAAGGACUGGGCGGACGUCCGGCCGACCAAGCGGCCGAAACUGACACCGGCAAACCGCCCGAGUUUUUGAGCCAGCCGGGCGAUCUCCUCCUACCGGAGAACGGGCUGGCCCACUUUGAAACGAAAUUGACUCCGGUGGGCGAUCCCAGCCUGCGGGUCGAGUGGUUCCACAACGGCAAGGCCCUGCUGGCCGGCUCGCGUGUCAAGACCAUUUCCGACUUUGGCUUCGUCAUCCUGGAGGUGACGGGCGUCUACUCCCGCGACGCCGGCCUCUACACGUGCAAGGCCAGCAACAAGCACGGCGAGGCCUCUGUCUCGUGCACUCUGCAGGUCAAGGGCCGUCAGGGCAUCGUCCUGGAGCCGCAGCUGCCGCAGAGCUUCAAGAGCGGCACCCAGGCCAUCCAGAAGCUGGAGGAGAACCUCUACAAGAGGGACGAGCCGGCCGCGGCGGCCGACGAGCAGCCCAACCCGCCCAAGUUCGUCAGCGAGAUCAAGGACCUGGACCUGGUCGAGGGCCAGGCGGCCCAUUUCGACUGCCGGGUCGAGCCUGUCGGCGACGCUUCAAUGCGCAUCGAGUGGUUCCACAACGGGCGCCCGCUGGGCUCUGGCUCGCGCAUCCGCAUGCUGGACGAUUUCGGCUUCGUGGUCCUGGACAUUGACUGGACCUUCCCGCGCGACGCCGGCGAGUACGUCUGCCGGGCUACCAACCGCUGGGGCUCGGCCACCACCAAGGCCAAAUUGGUCACCAAGGGCAAGCGAGGCGUCAACACGGACUCGCAACUGCCGCAGGGCAUGACGGGCGAGAAGCUCCGAGACUUGGAGCGCGGCCCGGUCGUCGAGCGCUUCCAGGAGGACACGCCCGAAGUGGCGCCUCAUUUCACCCAGCAGGUGACGGAAGUGUCGAUGGAAGAAGGUGACAAUGCCCAUUUCGAGUGCCGGGUGGAGCCCAAGACGGACGCCAACCUGCGGGUCGAGUGGUACCACAACGGCAAGCUCCUGCAGAGCGGCCAUCGCUUCCGCACCGUUUUUGAGCUGGGCUUCGUCUCCCUGGAUAUUUUGUACGCCUAUCCGGAAGACGCCGGCGAGUACAUGUGCCGAGCCUUUAACCGCAAAGGCGAGGCCACCACCAAGGCCAGCCUCACAUGCAAAAGUGUUCCGGCCAUCAUCAUGCAGAACCAGAUGCCCCGCGGCAUGAAGAAAUCUGAGACGCUUCUGCAGAUGGAAGCGGCCCUGAAGAAAUACACGUCCGAGAUCUUCCUGACGGAGGACGACAUCUAUGACGCCGACAAGCGAGAUGGAGAUGACCAAGUUCGAGUGCCAGCUGGCCCCGGUCGGCGACCCCAACAUGCGGGUCGAGUGGUUCUUCAACGGCAAGCCGCUGGCCUACAAGACCCGCUUCACGGCUUCACGCCCAUCUACGACUUUGGCUACGUGGCCAUGAAUUUCGGCUGGGUCUACCCGGAGGAUUCCGGCGAGUACGUCUGCCGGGCCACCAAUAAGUACGGCAUGGACGAGACUAGGGCCUUCAUCAAGACGACGGGCAGCAAGGGCAUCAUUUACGAUUCCCAGCUGCCCAAGGGCAUGCAGAGCGUGGAAAUGAUCCGCGAAAUGGAAGCCUCCUGGCAGAGAAUGCCGGACGAGAGGGCUGAAGCCGAGGUGCUAAAGGAGAAGCCCGUCUUCGUCCUCCAGCCCAAGAACGUCCAGGUGAUGGAAGGCGAAUGGGCCCGUUUCUGCUGCCGAGUCACCGGCUACCCUCGCCCCAGGGUGAUGUGGAUCCUGAACGGACACACUGUCAUCAAUGGCACUCGAAACAAGUUGACGUACGACGGCAUGUGGCACCUGGACAUCCCCAAGACGCGCCAAUACGACGACGGCAAACUGGAAGUGGUGGCCCGCAACUCGCAGGGAUCGGCCAGCUGCGUCGUGGAGCUCAAAGUCACGGCCCGCAACGACGACCACCGCGGUGUCCUCAAGAAUUCACCCAAACCAUGGUAUGAUAGCGACCUGAAAACUUACCAGAAGGAUCGACAGGACAGCGGCGAGCUCCAGCGCCGCUUCGAGGACCCGUCCCGCCAGGCCCAGAGCGAUUCUGCGGCCGAGUUCUUCACCAAGAAGUCGGUCCAGGAGACGGAAACGGAGUGGCAGCGACAGGUCAAGAGCAAGAAGAACGACGACUAUUACAAGAGCCUCAAACAGCUGGAGGAUAAUGUCGUACACAAGGAGGUGAAAUUGCGAGAAGCUUCGCACCAGUUCGCCAUUCCGGGCGAGAAGAUUGUCAAGAGUUCCAUGGCCAAGGGCAUGGCCCAGAGCUACGAAACCAAAUUGGAUCACUCGUCGGAGCAGACGGAACAGAGACACGACCAGAUGACGACAGUCAUCAGCCGCCAGUCGGUGGAGCGCCAAACGGCGACCAGCCGCAAGACGAGCGAGGCCCACCGGUCGGAGGUGCACAUCGACUCUGAUCGCGGCGGAGUGCCGCCAGACCCGUUCGAGUCGUCUGUUCACGGCCGUGAGGUUCACGUGGCCAAGCAGAAGCAGGUCCAGAAGGAGACCAAGGGCCAGAUGGAGAUCACCCGCAAGAUCACGGCCACCGAGACCACCGAAGUCGAGCACAAGGGCCGCACCCACGAACGCGUCGUCCAGGGCCAAGUGAAACCGGCCGUGCCGCCGUUCUUCACCAAGAAGAUCCAGCCGUGCCGAGUGUUUGAGCACGAGAGCGCCCGCUUCGAGGUGGAAUUCGAGGGCGAUCCAACGCCGACCGUCACCUGGUUCCGUGAGGAUUUCCCCAUCAAGAACUCGUCCGAGUUCCAGAUCCACAACUUCAGAUCCAAGUCGGUGCUGACGAUCCGCCAGGUCUUUAUGGAGGAUUCCGGAAUCUUCGCCGCCGUGGCCGAGAACCACGGAGGCGGGGCCAAGUGCAGCGCCAACUUGGUGGUGGAGGAGCGGCCCGUCGGCCGCGGCGGACUCGUCCCGCCUUCCUUCCUCAGCACCAUCCAGGACACGAGCGUCAAGCACCCUCCUGUCGCUAUUCUAAGCGCCGGCCAGCUGAUCCGCUUCGACGCCAAAGUGACGGGCACCAAGCCCAUGGACAUUUACUGGCUCAAGAACGGCCGGAAGAUCGCCUCCGACAUCCGCUACAAGAUCCUGGAGGAGGACGACGUCUACACGCUCAUCAUCAUCGAAACGCUGCCGGAAGACUCUGGCAUCUACGAGUGCGUUGCCAUCAACUCGGCUGGCGAGGGCCGCUGCGAGGCCCAGUGCUACGUCGAGAUAGCCCAGGUGGUCAAGUCGGGUGGAUCUUCGCCGGAAGCUAAAGGAUCGUCGAAAUCCUCGACCUCGUCGCCUCGCUUCUCGCUGGCUAUGAAGGAGCAGAACGUUCCGGAAGGCCAAGCGGCCGUCUUCCGCUGCCGUGUGGCCGGCAAUCCGGCCCCGCAGAUCAACUGGGAGAAGGACGGCCAUCAGAUCAAACCUUCGCGCUAUUUCAUCAUGUCGCAGGAAGGUAGCGACACCCACGUCCUCCGCAUCUCGGAAGCUUUCCCGGAAGACGAAGGCACUUAUCGAUGUGUGGCCAGCAACGCCACCGGCCAGGCCGAGUGCUCCGCCAGCCUCCACGUCAUCGCUCGCGAUUCCGGCGACGUUCCGCCGUCGUUGACCAACCUGGAAGACGUCAACGUCGUUGAGGGCAGCCCCGUCCAGUUCCGCACUUUGGUCAGCGGCACUCCGCUGCCGACCAUCCAGUGGAUGAGGGAGGGCCAGAUCAUCCCGCCGUCCAGCGACUUUCAGAUGAUCCAGGAAGGUAACCACGCGGUCUUAUUGAUCAAAACCACCUACCCGGAGGAUUCGGGCGUCUACACGUGUCUCGCCACCAACCCGGCCAGUCAAGUGGAGUCGUCUGCGUACCUGACCGUGCACAGUAAGCCCUAAAACAAAACAAAACAAA